UCAGCAAAGUACCAAAUACUCUGCUGUGACAAAUUCUUAGUUUCUCAACUUACUCGAUUCGCGUUCAGUAUCUCAAGUGUCCAGAAAACGAUUUUUUAACAAGGCCCGGAAAACUAAAGGAAAAAUAAGUAGCAUUUCAUUGAAAAUGACUCAUGAAGGUGAUCGACAAGCAUGAACACUAUCCGUGAAUAUUAUCAGAAUACUUAUAUCUAGAAAUGGCCGACGCUUGAUGUUAUUGUCAAUUCUAUUUUUCCUUUCAUCUCUGUAAUCAGUGUACGAUCAUAGAUAUAUUAACGUUAUCAUAAGCGAGUGUUAGAGUCAUUCAGUACAUUGGAUGGUUAUGAGGUUAAAGUGUGAAGAAGACAUAUUCAAGUAUUUAUCUAAUUCCUACAUUAUCCGACUGUAGAGAUGGCCGACAAGUGUAAGGUAUGCGGUUGCAUCUGUGCCCAAUGUAGCCUCCGUAAUGAUGAUAAGAAUCUACAUCAUCAUGCUGCCGAGAUGCAUCUACAUGUAGAAAUAGAACACUUGCGUCAAAGACUUCUGGAAAGAGACAGUCACAUAGUGACAAUGGAGACUCAAUUUCUGAAUGAGGCUGAUAAGUUUCCAAAUGGCGAAUUAGCAUCUAUGAGAGAAGAGAUGGUUACAUGGCAGGAAAAGUAUUCAAGACUAUAUGAAGCCCAUAAGAGAGUCCAGAAGGUUAAUCAAAAUUUGGAAGAUAAACUCCUUAGGAUUGUUGAUAAAUGCGAAACAGAAAAAAGCGCCUUUACAAAGGACAUUGCAACUCUAUCACACAGAUUAGCUGAUGCUAAUUACACUAUACAUAGGCUAACUCAAGAUAAUGAAAAGUACAGAAACGAUGUUAAUCUUGCCAUACAAUUGCUGCAGUGUAAACCAUCGAAUUUUGUCAGUCAAAAAUAUGAUUCGCUUCCCUCUGACAUGCAAGCAAAAGUACGGACCUAUGUUGCUCAAAAGAGGGUGACAAAUGACACGGCUUCUUCUACACCAGAUGUGAAGAGCAUAACUGUGCCGAUUUCAACUUUUCCUCCAACGGCUAUAGUGUACAAUGUUACUAAAACCAACAAUGCCGAUAAAGACAGUGAUGACGAUGACAGCGAUGACUCAAAACCACCAGUCGACAUAGUUUCAGCUGCGAUAAUGGCCAAAGUAUUGGAAGAACGGGAGAGAGAAAGGGUUUUUGCCAAACAUUGUGAUACGUGUACCUGUCAUCGAAGUAUCCUUACAAACGAUGUGGAAACGCAAACUGGGGGUAAUGUAAUGAAUUUAGAAUGUAAUAUGAUUAGUAACAAUAGUAAUAAUCGUGAAGAAGAAACAAAUCCGCCGGACAAGCAAGUUAAUGAUCAUGAAUGGACGUUAAAUAAUUUCAAUAAGCGAGCUACAAGCUUAAAAUAUGUGAAUGAAAGAUCAUCGACAAAUGUUACACCAAGGAAAGAUUGUGUUUCAAAUUCUAAUUCUAAUGUAGAUAAGGAAACCAAUAACUCGAUGCGCAUUGGACAUUAUAAAACAGGUUAUACGUUAUUAUCGGAGAGUGCUAAAACUGAGAGUGUAGAAAACUUGACCAAUGGUUCUAGUCCUAUCAAGCAAACUACGUUUGAAAAACUUACUCAAAGAGGACCAGCUAGAAACUCAAAGAAAAUCCACAGCCAGAGUCCCUCAGGAUACCGUAUUUCCAAAUCUGGUAAUGACCAGUCCAAAGCAAAAUAUAAACAAGUACCUUGCGAAGUUGAUUUAAUCGACUUGAAACAGAAUUCAGCCCCGCCCCAGCGACAGAUCGACGUCAUCAAUGACAGGAUAUGGAAAAACGAGUGGUCGAAAACAUCCUUAUCGUCUACUAUGACCAGUCCGUCUUUGACUGAUCUUGAAUCACGUCGAAAAAGUGAGGAAAGUCAAACGAUAGACGUGAUAAAUGACAGGAUAUGGAAAUCGGUAGACAACAGUACAAAAUCAGAAACUAAUCUCAUGAAACCGCGCAUUGCUUUUCUCGAGCUUGUUCCGAAGCCCUUGGCUAAUGAGCAGAUGUCUUCUACGGUUGGAAGUGUUCAAAAUGAGUCACAGCAGUCUGAACUAGAUACCGCAAGUCCAAGUUUCAGUAGUGAUAGCCUCGUCAUCUCAAGUUCCGAUCCACCAAGUACAUCUAGUGACCUUGUGAGCCGUGGGAAUAAUAGAUCCAUUAAAUUAACUAACUUCAAUAACGCUAACGUAAUCAAUAAUAAUAAUAAUAAUAAUAACAACAACAGUUUGGUGUCGAACUGGCAGGAUAGAACGGCUGGACCGCGAGGAUGUUCAAUGAGGAUAACGCCAGGGUCUAAUAACAUUCUGUUAGACAACGUAGGACACUAUCAAACGAUUCUUUACACCAGUGGGGGAGGAGGAGGAGGAGGAGGAGGAGGCGGUGUAACUGGAAAUGGAAGACCUAGCACCGCUCUCGUUCACACAGCUAAGUCAACCAGAUCUGGAGGAUCCGCAUCUAAUAGUAGCGACGAAAAUAUUUCACCACUUGUUCUACCACCGGAUAAUAGUCAGCUGCAGAGAGUCGCCGAAUGGAUAAAAGCCUCUGGACCAAUAGAGAGACAACGAGUGAUGGGUUUAGAAAAGAAGUUCCUCGAUUCCGAGAAUAAUAAAUCGAAUACGGAUAUCGCAAUAAAGAGCGUGAACUGUAGUGCUUUUAUAAAGGUAAAAAAAGAUGCUGGAAAACCACCCCAAAUUAUUAAAAAUUCAAUGAAUACUAAUCAAGAGAAAAAAAAGAUGAUGAUCAACGGUAAACUUCAGGCAAAUAGAUCGCGAGACUCGAGAGUGUCGACUCAACAGAUUUCGAGGGAAGAUCAGGAUCUGGGAGAUUUAAUCAGUUUCGAGUCCCCGGUUGACGAGGGCGUUUCCGAUAAUGAUGUUAUUACAAAUUUCAUUCAGAUUCCGGGUACCGGAAACGAAAACUCUACAGGAUCGGAUAUUCAAGAUGUUAAAGUAACCAGGGAAAUGGAAGAGACGUAUCUUAAGCUCGCGGCUAGUUUAGAUCCUGCUAAUCUCAGCUUAUCUCCUUCAAAAAGCGCUGAUAUCACAAUAGAAAAAUAUAGAAAAGAGUACAAGAAAAAUCACCCCCCGAAGAAUCAGGAAAAAUCUGGGGGAUUCACUUCGUAAUAUUACGCUUAUUUUUAUAUUCGUGUUAUUACAAAACAUCCUUAUCUACUCUGUUAUUUAUUGCUAGCUAAUUUGCCAAUAAUUUCCAGCGACCUUGUCGUUUUAAGGUAUCUGAAAUAUCGAGGGUUACAAAAAAUGUACCUUAAUGCUGUUUCUGAACAUGUUUUUUUAUUUUUUUUUUACAUUUUCGCUGUCUACACUCUACAGUUUAGGAGACCGCUGUUUAGGAGAUUUCGUUCUCUGCCUUCGACAUUUUUUAAUGUCGCCAUAGUAAAGCUACAUCAAAGUUGUAUAGGGUAAUUAAAUAUAUAAUUACUAAUUACGUUUAAGUUGACCAAAAAUUGGCGGACGUCAUUGAAGCUCAGUACACUUUUCCCCCCGUGGGUUAGUUAAUUUGCAUUUUGAGUGAUAUCUAGUAGUAAAUAUAAUGAUGUCAUUAUACUAUCCUUAGAGCCAAUUAAAUUAAAAGACAAUACAAAAAUUGAUAUACUAAACUCAAACGAUGCACACAUUCUUAUUGGAAGAAGAAAAGGGAAACAUGAACAGGUAAUAAUUACAUGUGAUGAUAAUUAGGUAUUUGAGAACCGCGUCUAAGGGAAAGAAAGAAAAAGAAACGUAUACACUGAAGAUAUUAUUCAUCCUAAUAGAAACCCUGAGAUGUAUGUAUACAUAUACCACGGUGCUAUACUAGAUCGUCACUAAUAAGAUUAUGUGAAUAUAAUAAUUCUAAUCAACCAAAAAAAUCUAUUAUUUAAUGCCGCUGCUUGUGGGAGCGGCAAAACAAAGUAGCGCAUGACUAAUGACAUCGUUAUCAUGAUCUCUACUUGUACCGUAUAUAUUUUAUCAGAUUGACUGCAUAUAAUGCAGAUGCAGUUGGUGUAAUUGAAACUCUGAUUUAGGGAUGUGUGUUAGACGUAAUAAUAUUACAACAUAUUAUCAAAUGAUUGGUAAUGACCGUCGAUAGGCAUAAAUCGAUGCUCGAUCGAUGAUUAAAUCUGAAGAGAAAACAACCAGGGGAAAAAAAUUGCAAUUCAGCGUAUACCGAAAGGUAUCAAAAAAUAGGUAAACUAGACUGGGCCAAAAGGAAUCGAUUAUUUUUUCUAUCUAACGGUACCUCGGAAUCAUCAUUUGGAAUGACAAAAAAAAUUAUUCCGCGAAUUUCAGCUCUUAAUAUCAACAUCAAGAGGUCUGUCAUCGCAAUUUUUGAUUCUUUCCUACCGAGCGGAUUUUUGACUCGUGUCUUCCAAACCAUCGCGGUAAGCGAUAUAACUCAGGGACCCUUUUUUGUAGAGAAUAAAAUGUUCUACAAAAAAGCUCUCCAUAUAAAUUGUCGUCAAACUAGCCGUUCCCAUGCAAUCGUGCCUCGAACAUUGAACUAUUUUUGCACUUUUGUUUUUCGACUUUCGAUGGUUUGGAAGACACGAGUCAAAAAUCGAAAAUUGCGAUGAUAGACCUAUCAAUGUUGAUAUUAAGAGCUCAAAUUUUCAGAAUAAUUUUUUAUGUUAUGCCUAAUAAUAAUUCCGAGGUAACUCGGAAAAAUAGUUGCUUUUUUUGGCCCGGUCUAAGGUAAACCAUAAUAAUUAUUGAUAAUAAUGAAAAUGAUCAUGCUAAUAAUAAUAACUAUAAUAAUAACAAUAAUAAUAAUCUUGAUGAUAACAGUGAACAAUGAAUGUAAAAUAUACUAUGUCAAUACUAAUUAGCACUAUAUUUUAUUACUCUAAUACUGCAUGCGCUUAAUUGCCUGAUUCUCCUAAUAUGUAUGAAAAUACAAGUGCGGUCAGUUUGAUCGAUUAUUACCUCAUGAUUUAUGAAUAGGUAGGUAAUAAUCGAUGUAUAUGGGUAUACAUAUGGUAUACAUAUGAUAAUGAUGAUGAAUAUGACGGUGGUCGCGUAGUUAAAUAUGAAAUGUAUAUCAUAUGCGUCGUGCUUUGAACUCGUGCGUGCAUCGGGUUGGACCAAAAGUAUAUAAUAAAACAAUCAAGAGAAGGAGUCGAAAUAAAAUUGAAGAAAUGAAGAAGAAAUGAUUAAAAAAAUCAACUAGACCAUACACCGUGAACCAAUAUAUUAUGUAUGUAACAUAGAUAUACAAUUGAAUAGGAAGAAAAGAGAAGGAAAAAGAAAUGAUGGAAUCUUUGAUUAUUGGUACCGUCGAUUUUCGAAAGUACACAUCAUCGAAUAGUUGAAUUAAUAACGUAUAACAUAAUAGUAUACUAUGUAUAUUUAUACGUUAUACCUAUAUACAUAAUUUACGCCUAUACAGUAUUCCUAAAUAUAUUAUACUAUGUGAACAUUAUAAUUGUACUAUAUGAGUAUAUUUAAGUCAUUAACUAUGUGAAGUUGAUUGUGCAAAAAAAAAGGCAAACAAACAAAAAAAAAAACUAAUAUACAUUAACUUUGUAAAUAUAUUAUCUCAUCGUGAUAAAUAAAACCACGAAAAUAUAUUUAAACGGGA